AGUCCCUCCAUUUUGUUUUCUGUUGUUGGCAAGAGAACAUUGCAGAAAACUGUGUCGUUUAGAAGGAUUUUCUGGCAAUGGACGGAUAGCCACGGCACUAGCCAGUGAAGUUGCGCAUCUUACCAUGGUAUUGGAGAUGUUGCAGUUGGCGUAAAGAGAGGAUCAGAUGAGCUGCUGUCAAGCAGUCUCUACAACAGUGGCUCUGACAUGAGCAGUAUCAGUGAUGGUACGUCCAAUGGGAGUGACAGUAAAAAACUGAGAGUGGAAGACAGGAUGGAGGCUCCUCCUUCUCGUGUGUUGCACAUCAGAAAACUGCCCAACGAAACUUCAGAAACGGAGGUCAUUGCCCUGGGGUUACCUUUCGGGAAGGUCACCAAUAUCCUAACUCUGAAGGGGAAAAACCAGGCUUUCUUGGAGCUGGGGACAGAGGAAGCGGCAAUUACCAUGGUCAACUACUACUCUACUGUGACACCGCAUGUUCGUAACGUCCCCGUAUUCAUCCAGUACUCCAACCACAAAGAACUCAAAACAGACGCCGGAAACCAGCGGGCCCAGGCGGUCCUGCAGGCGGUGUCAGCGGUCCAAGGAGGCGGUACCCCUACAUCGGGUUCAGAUCUGGCUCUAACAGCUGCAUCCAGCCCUGUGCUCAGAAUAAUCAUCGACAACAUGUUCUACCCAGUCACUCUGGAUGUGUUGCAGCAGAUCUUCUCAAAGUUCGGCACGGUCAUGAAGAUAAUCACAUUCACCAAGAACAAUCAGUUCCAGGCCCUGCUGCAGUUCAACGACCCAUCUACCGCACAGCAAGCCAAAAUUGCCCUGGAUGGUCAGAACAUCUACAACUCGUGCUGCACGCUCCGCAUCGAUUACUCCAAGCUGGUCAACCUGAACGUCAAGUACAACAACGACAAGAGCCGUGACUACACCCGGCCAGAGCUCCCCGCCGGGGAUGGACAGCCUGCCAUGGACCCCAACAUGGCUGCUGCCUUUCAAGGCAAGGACUCCAACUCUCUGCUUGGUAAGAUCCCAGGUGCCCUGAGCCCGCUGAAUGCUGCGGCGGCGGCGGCUGCUGCUGCAGGAAGGGUGGCUCUGUCUGGUCACUCUGGCUCCAGCGGCGUGCUCCUGGCCUCCAACCUCAAUGAAGAGAUGGUUACGCCCCAAAGUCUGUUUACUCUCUUCGGGGUCUAUGGGGACACCCAGAGGGUGAAGAUUCUUUACAAUAAGAAGGACAGUGCUCUGAUACAGAUGGCCGAUGCCAGUCAAGCCCAGCUAGCGAUGAGUCACCUGAACGGUCAGAAGAUGUAUGGGAAGGUCAUCAGGGUGGCUCUGUCCAAGCACACCUCAGUGCAGCUGCCCAGGGAUGGACUGGAUGACCAGGGCCUCACCAAGGACUUCACCAACUCCCCCCUGCACCGCUUCAAGAAGCCCGGCUCCAAGAACUUUCAGAACAUCUUCCCUCCCUCCACCACCCUCCACCUCUCCAACAUCCCAACGGACGUAACUGAAGAAGACCUGAGACUACUGUUCUCCAAUGCCGGGGGCACUGUGAACGCAUUCAAGUUUUUCCAGGAUCACAAAAUGGCGCUGCUCCAGAUGUCGACGGUGGAAGAGGCCAUCCAGGGUCUGAUUGACCUCCACAACUACAACAUGGGUGACAACCACCACCUGAGAGUGUCCUUCUCCAAAUCCUCCAUCUAAACCAGCAUAAUGAUCCUCCACAACAUCGCUUUCUGUUUCCAAAUGGCUUUAGGCCGCCGUUCGUUUAUCCUGUUCACUCUUUCUGGACUGGGGGACCACAUUUUGACCUCAUUGUAGUUCUUUCUAUUUUUUCUUUCUACGUUUUAUCAGUCAUUCCUUCAGAGAGAACCAGAAACUAAAAUGUGUAUUAAAAAUAAGUUGUUUUACUUGUAUGUUUUUGAGGACAUUUUACCCCCUUCACCUAACCCCUGUGUAAGUCCCAUAUUCCAUUUGUAUGAUAGGCAAACCAUUUCCUUUUUCCAUCUUCUUAUUAUGAAGGGUGGAUAAAUGGACUUUGGCGUCUAUUAUGAUUAGUUACAUAAGAUAUGUGCCUUACCUGACAAUAUCAACUCUUUUUACAUUUAAAUAUUUACACGAAUCCCUGCAGUCAGAUUUUGAGGCACAUUAAUUUUGAUGUGUAAGAUUUGUUUAAAACAUGAUUUCUGUUCUCCCAUGUGACUGUGCAGUUUGAACUUCUGCCACCCAAAAAGCUCCUUUUCAGUUGCAGGUGUUGAAUUUGUGCCGGAUUUUAUUUUGUUAAAGUCACUAUAGUUGUUGUGGAGUGGGGGAACCAUAUGAGAUUGAAGUUGAAUUAGUCUUUUUACAACCAUUUUUUGUGCUAAUUUGGACGACCGUGCUUGAGGUUUCUUGCGAACAGACAACCAACAAUGCAGAUUUAAUCCAAGUUUCCAUCUGUGUGAUCAUUUUAACUGUUUUUGUUUCCACAAGUCAUCCAUUUACUAAAAUAGUCAAUGUUGCUGUUCUUUAGAUGUUAGUUUUCCUUACCUACCUUUUUUUGAUGUACAAUGGUAGAAGUUGAGUGGUUUCCUAAGCAUGUACUGCCUGGUCUAGUUAUUGGAAUUAAAAGUUGGUAGUACUUUAUUCAUUUGAACUGUACUUCAUAACUGUCAUUGUCCUACAGAUGAUGAAACAAAUGUCAUGGCAAUAUUAUGAAGUACAGUUCCAAUAAAGUGUUACAAAAAAUCUGCUGUUGCAUGCGUUGGAAGAGGCUAAUAGAAGAGUAUCUGUAGUGACGUCAACGUGUUGCAGUUUACUGAUGAAGGUUGGGACCAAAGUGUAUGUGCCUUAGUUUUAAUUUACAUCGCAUCGCCAAGGAAAGGAACAAUAUUUUAGUGACCCGCUGAUAUAUUUUGUAUAUCUGAACAAAUAAGAUACAGGACCUGAUUCAGAAUCAACCACCUUCAUUCCUUCUAUGGUUAUUUUAAGCUGAUAUACAUGUAAUACCCACAAUUGUUUGAUGAAUCCCACAACCUCAACUUUCUAGAAAACGAGAUUCUGUUUUUCAAGAGAAGUCAUGUAUAUUUUCUAUCAGUUACAUUUUUACAGCUCUAGAAAUGUAAUAUUCAGAUAUAGUUUGGAAGCGGCACAAUUAAAAUAAUUUUCUAACAAAGUCGGGAGAUUUGGUCUGACUUAGUAGUUUUGAGAUUUUUUUCUUCUCCACUUUAUCUUCUCUCUUGUGUGUACUUUGCUUUACCUGUGUAGCAUGGUCAAUAAACUCUUCUGUAGGUCUGUA